GUGAAUACAGCACGGCACAGAGAGGAGGAACGAAAGAAAGAAAGAAAGAAAGCGUAGAGGGGGGUUAGAGGAAGGAGCCCUAAUGAAUUCAACGUCGCUGUGUUGGCGCGAAUGCGACCGCUUACAUAGCAAUUAAAAGAUUUUCAUUGCGAUUUUGGUCAGAUUUUGUGACUGGCCGCCACUUUUCUUUCUCCUCCAGCAGUCGGCGACGUAUGCAGCUAGCUUCGUUAGCACCUUAUUUAUCAUUGUCACAUUAAUCUGCUCCCCCUUUUUUCUUUCCUCCGGCGGUCGGAGUCACGGUACUAAUAAUAACUGAGCAGCACCGGGACAAUAGAGGAGUGUUUCCCUGGAAGAAAACGAUAAGUAAAAAAAAAAUGGGGAGGAAAUCCAACAAAGCGAAGGAGAAGAAAGCCCGGCGUCUGGAGGAGAGGGCAGCAAUGGACGCUGUGUGUGCAAAGGUGGACGCAGCCAAUAAGCUUGACGAUCCUCUGGCUGCUUUCCCAGCCUUCAAAAAGUACGACAGACAUGGGUUGAACCUGCAGAUAGAGUGCAAGAGAGUGACGUCGCUCAACCCGCUGGCCGUGGAGUGGGCCUUCGAACUCACCAGAGCCAACAUGCAGACGCUAUAUGAGCAGAGCGAGUGGGGAUGGAAGGAGAGGGAAAAGAGGGAGGAGAUGAACGACGAGAGGGCGUGGUACCUGCUGGCCCGCGACGCAGACUCCACCCCCCUGGCCUUCUCCCACUUCCGAUUCGACGUGGAGUGCGGGGAAGAGGUUUUAUACUGCUACGAGGUGCAGCUGGAGAGCAAAGUUCGGAGGAAAGGGCUCGGAAAGUUCCUCAUCCAGAUACUGCAGCUCAUCGCUAACAGUACGCAGAUGAAGAAGGUGAUGUUGACGGUCUUCAAGCACAACCAUGGGGCUUACCAGUUCUUCAGAGAAGCUCUACAAUUCGAGAUCGACGAAACCUCGCCGAGCAUGUCUGGUUGCUGCGGCGACGACUGCUCCUACGAGAUCCUGAGCAGACGGACCAAACACGGCGAGGCGUCCGCCGGCCACACCCACGGCGGCGGCCACUGCGGCGGCUGCUGCCACUGAUGGGCGACGACUUUCGAAAGCUGUGUGUGGAUGACGGAGCGUUUUUCUGGGUUGGGGGAUUGAACGGCGUCAGAAACGAGCCACAGGUGGAAGUCCUGAUGCUGAUAAGCUUUUUUCAGGAUUCUGUUUUGUGUGUGUUUGUUUUUAUUCCUGCUGGAAAGACGGAAAGCAGCUCAAGCUUUUCUCUCUUCUCCCAACUUAUUGACCCGCUCCCUUUUUUUUCAGCUCCACCCACUCAUUGCCAUUCGUAGAUAUAUUCCCGUCUCUUCGUGUUCUGCAGUGUAACGAGUCGUUUUGAUUCUUUGAUUCUGCGGCUUAAGACCCGAUACUGGUGCUGGUUCAGGCUCUAGUCAGUUGAAAAGCUUUAAAUCAUGUCCUGACUCAAGGCAGCAGGUGAGAAACUUGAAAGAGUUGUCCAGUUUGUGUCGACAAGCUGCAGCUUCUUGAUAACAGAUGUUUCUCCCUGCCUUACGGAAACAGUCGCAGGAUUGCUAUAAUCUGCUCAAACCCCCAUCAUUCCAUUUUUAUUUACAUAGAAGAUGCUUUAAUCCUAAUUUUUCUUUAUUUUAUUACCAUUUUUAAUCCAGAAGUUUAGAUUACUUAUUCUUGUCCUCCUCUCUCUUAACGCUUUAUGAUGCUGAAUCGGUUUCCCACGCUCCAGUUUCUCCUUCACGUUUCCCUCUCCUCUGUGCCUGAAAGUUCUGGAAGAUCCUUUCGACCAUUUCGCCUAAUUUUUCAGAGGUCCAGAUAUCAGUGUUACGAUGCUACAUGUAGAGUUCAGAUCACAACUUUACAUACACUCACCACAGGUGGAAUAACUAUACAGCAGAAAACUGAAAUAGUUGCACAGUUUAAAACCUAAUCCACAGAGAAAAAACACAAAAUCCUACAAAGUAUUUCUUUUUUUGGUCUAGUUUCUUGUGCAAAUAUCUGAGUACACUUUAAAUUAGAUAAAACUAACCUACAAGUAAAAUUUAGGUAAGAUAUAGGAGCUUGUUUUAAUUAAAUAAUUCCUUUCAUACUGAUUUUAAAAAAGUAUUAAUUCCACUGGUAGAUUUGUUGUUUCACAAAAAAAGGCUUUGUGAUAAGUGAAAUAACCUGUCAGUGGAACUACUACUUUUAUUUGUUUUUGCAGUGUACAUACAGGCUCAAAUAUUUACAUUCACUCCUAUUAAUAGCCAGUUGUACCUCAAUCACAUCUGACAUCUUAUUAGACAUUGUAGAGUUUGUUUAUAUUGGUUGAUUUCUUGGUUUGAUGUUGGUCCGGUUUAGCCUCCCAGACCCAGUUCGGAUCCAUGUUUUUGAUCUUUGAUCUGUUGGAACAGGUUCAUGACUCCCAAGUUUUUACCAUUUAGCUAGACAAUUUUAGUCAUUUUUAAUGGCGUCCGUUUUGGAGCAGGGACUUUCUUGUUGGAAGUAGAAAAUGCAAAGAAACAAAGAAACUAUUAAGAUCCAACUUAAACAGUUUUUACAUUUGAGGGUUACGCUGUUGAUUAAUUUAUAGAAACUCUUUCAUAUCUGAUAUGAAUUGUGAAAAAUCCACCCAGAAUUGGACCAGAAUCUUGUUGAUUGCUCCACACAACAAUUGAGACAUUCAGUUAAUAAAUCAUAAACAUGUAUGUAAAUAUUAGAUUCUGUGUUUAGUUAUUUGGCGUAUAAUCAAUCUACUCUGGAAAAAGAACAGCAUCGGUAAAUGACUUAAAGAGCCAACAUAAACAAAACGUUCAUGCAGUCGUCUAAAAUCAUAUUGAUUUUGACCAUAAUCAGGUUCAGAGGAUUGUUUGAUUGGAAGCUAAGCGUCAUUCCUUCUCUGUUCCCCAGUAUUAACUUGUUUUCAUCAUUCAUCAAUGUAUCGAGUGAUGAAAACUGGUCCAACAGCAGCUCUGAAAUUCCUUCUGCACAUUUUCUAAACCAGCAGAAAUAUGCUAAAAUGUGCAACUGCAUCAAAUUUAGACUUAAUUUAGAGGUGCAGUAAGUUGUUCUGCACAUAUGCAUCACAUUGUCUCAUCAAAAAGUAAUUGCUUAGUUGUUUUAAGUUUACUUUCACAUCCAUUUAUUAAAAAAAAAAACAAAAAACUUGAAGGUAUUUUUCCGACUGAUUUGUGCCGUAUUAUAAAUCAGAAACCCUGUUUUUUGCUUCUGUUUUUCUCCCUCCAGAAGCUCUUUAAUUCUACAUCCAGUACUGUUUGUUUUAAAAUGCAUGCAUGAGGAGUAGAUGGGAAGUUUCUCCAUCCAGCAUCAUGAUGAGGGUAUUAGGUUAGUAUGUUUUUAAGGUUUUUUUUUUGUUUGUUUGUUUCUUUCGUAAGCGGUUCUGUCAAGUUUUUGUACGGUUUUGAUGCCUGUUGUAAAAUGUGAAACUGGAGGCUGAAAUGUGAAAAACUACACAGGUCAGAAAGGUCAUGAAUCACAAAAAUAACCGCAUGGCUGACUGAAUAUGAAGUGAGACUUGCUGAUUGUUUCCCAACUAAAAAAGAAAAGGUUUUCUAUCUUUUUCAGUGAUCAGGAAAAAGACAAAAGGACCAGGCAACGUGCUUAUUUCUACUAUAACUCACAUUUUUGUACCAUAGAGGUCACAAUUAGAUCAAUGCUGUUCUGCAUAGUCUCUCUCUCUCUCUCAGGUCAGUCAAUCAUCUUUUCAGCUUCCUGUUGGCUCUGAUCUGGAGUCUGUUUCAUAUGUAAAAGACUUUAAACACAACCUGAAUAGUAAAAACACUGAAAUCCCUGUAAGUAACUUGUUCAGUUUUAGUUUGUUCCAGUUCCUUUAAAAAUGUGACAGUGCAUGAGAGUAAAUUUAGAUCUGCUGCAGGCUGUUCUCUUCUUUUUUUUUUUUUUUUUUUU